GUAGGUUUUCGCGGGAUCCUCUUUGGGAAGGAGACGCGACGAGGAAGGCAAACACACACAGACCACAGUACUGAGUACUGAUCAACAUCAGUGUCAUUGAGCCUGCAGACUUCAAAUCUCACCAUCUUUGAGCAUAAAUUCAAGCAAGAACGCCGCAAGAGCAUUCAAUUUCAAACUGCAAACCUCCCUGCAAACUUUCGCAUUGAAUCGCAAAUCCUUCUUCCAACGUUCAAGCACCUUUUGCAAGAAACAAUGGCGUCCCACAUGACCACCAAGGAGAAGCUGACGCACCCUGUGGCUGCCAUCAAGGAGAUGAUGGGCAAGGGAGACAGCCACACCACUGGUACCCACACCGGUACACACACCGCUGGUACCCACACUGGUACUCACGUGCCUGGUACCCACACCGGUACUCACGUGCCUAAUUAUACCCACACCAGCGGUACUCACAACCACAAUGAGGCUGGAGUGAUUGGCCGCUACGAGGUGCCAACAACUGGUGUGACUCACACCACUCCCACCACAAUGGGGAAUGAGGAGCAGCUCAUGGGCAACCAAAUGGGAGGAACCCCGACCAUGGGAACCACUGCAGGUUCUGGAGCCCGCCCCGUCUUCUCUGAGGCCGGUCACCAGGGCAUUGGUCACCAGGGCAUUGGCCACCAGGGCAUUGGUCACGAGGGCAUUGGCCACCAGGGCAUUGGUCAUGAGGGCAUUGGCCACCAGGGCAUUGGUCAUGAGGGCAUUGGCCACCAGGGCAUUGGCCACCAGGGUGUCGGCCCCCACCAGGCCAAGUUUGGGGUUGACCCUGCUUCCAGCGCUGCCGCUUAUGAGGGUCAAGAGCAUGCGGGUCACCUUCCUGGAUCUGGAGCUGUUGGGAUGCUUGGCGCUGCUGCUUCAAAGAUCAUGCCCGGCCACCACAACAAGCACACUGACACCAGUGCUGCCCAUACUGGAACCACCGGCCUUGGCGCGCACAAGAACGUGCUCUAAUUUUGCACACUUCAUGCUUUACCUUAUUACUGAAGUCAAUGAGAGUGUAUCAUAGGUGGCAUAAGUCCUUCAUGGAUCAACCAGAUGGAUGUAGAUUCCACGUCUUAAGAGGUUUCCUUUUGUGGGUUUUGGUCAGUUGGCCUGAAAGGGUCAGACCCCGGAGAUAAAUUGUAAACGUUCUUGAACAUGAUUACGUGUCACAUUCUUACCAUACACGAAGAUUUGUAUGAUGUUGAAAACUGAUUUGUUUGAAUGCUUGCAUAUGCACA